UUCGUUUCUGAAAUUAUAAAUUUCAAAAGCUGCUGAAGCUUCACUUCCCAUCUUCCUUGCCGUUUUCCCCAUUACUUAAAUUAUUUCCUCCUGAAAGUAAGUAGUCGCCGCCUCGUCACGAGAAAAGCUCAGGCGCCUCCCCUAUAUUACUUCUCGCUUAACAAUCUUUCUUUACUAUAGCACACUUGGGAUCCAGCACCUUCCUCCUUCCCCUGUUUCUCAUUUACGCCGAUUCGCUUGUUUUCCCAGCAAUUGGUCUUCAGCUACACCUCUGAUUCCCAACCCAGUUCCUGAAAUCGAAUUGGAGACUGAAUCGACCAGUUGGGGGAAGGGUAGCAACAUGACGGUGACGGAGCGUUGAACGGCGGCGCAGUUCGGUAUUGGAGAAACAAAACAUGCAGCUGAGUUGGCAGAGGUGGAUCGGAUCUGGAGCUUCCCGCCAAUUGGUGGAAAAUAUCUGUCGGCCAUUAAUGAAGCUACCGUCGAGAUCGUCAGCCGUCGUCUUCUCCCUUCUGCUCCUCCUCGGCGGCGCGUUGAUCUCCACUCGCCUCCUCGAUUCCAAUCUCGAGCUGCCGCCUGCCCCUGCCGGGCCUGAUACGAUGUCGUAUAAUAGCCUUGUUUCUUUUCAUGUCGGCGAGCUUCCCAAACCAACCAGAGACCGUCGGUGUCAUUUCCCUCAUUCUUCGUCGCAGGCGUUCAGCAGCUCGGCGAAGACUCUAACGGCCAGCAAAAUCACGCUUCCCGACAAAAUUCCGAAAAAGCAUCUCGAGAUUCCACUCAACUGCGCUGCACUCAACCACACCGGAACAUGCCCGGCGAACUACCCGACUACAAGGGGAGGCGCGACCGACGAACCUGGCCCGCCAUCCACGUGUCCGGAGUACUUCCGUUGGAUCCACGAGGACCUGCGGCCGUGGGCCCACACGGGGAUCACGAGGGAGGCGGUGGAGACGGCGAAAAGAACGGCCAACUUCAGGCUCGUAAUCGUGAAAGGGAAGGCUUACGUGGAGAGGUAUCAGAGGGCGUUCCAGACGAGGGACGUCUUCACGCUGUGGGGGAUUCUUCAGCUGCUGCGGCGGUUCCCCGGUCAGGUGCCCGAUUUGGAGCUGAUGUUCGAUUGCGUUGACUGGCCGGUGGUCGCCAAAUCCGGCGGCUACGGUGAAAAUGGGGAUAACGCCACCGUCGCUCCACCGCCUCUGUUUCGGUACUGUGGGGAUGAUCGCACGCUCGAUAUCGUUUUCCCUGAUUGGUCGUUUUGGGGAUGGCCGGAGAUAAACAUAAAGCCGUGGGAGGGGUUGCAGAAGGAGCUGAAAGAGGGGAACAAGAGGAAGAGAUGGAUGGAAAGAGAGGCUUAUGCUUAUUGGAAGGGGAAUCCGGCGGUGGCGGAGACGAGAAUGGACCUUAUGAAAUGCAAUGUCUCUGAAGAACACGACUGGAAUGCUCGCGUCUUUGCUCAGGAUUGGGUUAAAGAAUCACAGCAAGGGUACAAGCAAUCGGACUUGGCCAACCAAUGCCGGCACAGGUACAAGAUCUACAUCGAAGGUUCCGCGUGGUCAGUGAGCCAGAAGUACAUAAUGGCCUGUGACUCCGUCACCCUGAUUGUAAAGCCCCAUUACUACGACUUCUUCACCAGAAGCUUGGUCCCAUUUCAUCAUUACUGGCCUAUCCAGGAACACGACAAGUGCAAAUCGAUCAAGUUCUCGGUCGAUUGGGGCAACAGCCACAAGCAAAAGGCUCAAGAGAUAGGAAAGGCGGCAAGCUCAUUCAUUCAGGACGAGUUGAAGAUGGACUUCGUGUACGACUACAUGCUCCAUCUCUUGACUCAAUACUCGAAGCUACUGACGUUCAAGCCUGUUGUUCCGAAGCGAGCUGUUGAGCUGUGUUCGGAAUCAAUGGCUUGCAAUGCUGCUGGGUUGGAGAAGAAGUUCAUGAUGGAGUCGUUGGUGAAGGGUCCUUCGGAAAGGGCUCCAUGCACGAUUCCUACGCCUUACGACCCUCCAUCGCUUAGUGCGGUUUUGAGGAGGAAUUCGAAUUCGAUUAAGCAGGUUGAGUUAUGGGAGAAGAGGUACUGGGACAAUCAGAACAAGCAGCAGCAGCAGGCGUAGAGGAAUAGGUGCUAUGCUAUACUAUAUACAGAGGGGACUAGUUUUUCCAAUCAUUGGGAUCAACUUAGCAAAUUCCAUUAUUUUGUAGUUUUUGUACCAGUUUCAAUAGUGGGCUCUCCAUAUUUGAGUAGAUGGGCCCGAAUAUUUGGAGCCUGCCUAAAUGGGCCCAUACACAAACGAACCAGAUCACGCCAUUUGGCCGGGUUUGCACCAAGCAUCACCUCUUCCAAAAAUUGCUGCCACAACGGCUCGGAUUCUACCUUUCCCGUUCACUUUCUACGUACUCGACAAGACGCUCCCGGAAUCCGAGUUGAAAGAGAUUGAUCACCGUAUUUGGAUUACAUACCGCCGGGAAAAUACUCCGACGAUAAGCUGGUAUCCAUCCUUGCUCAUUCGGUUUUUCAGGAGCGCAACAUCGCCUCAGAGGAAAUCGACGGAAGAAGAAAAAAAUCAGGGGAUCGUAGAUAUUUUCCAGAAAUGAGCGUCGCCGGAGAGUGAAAACAGAGGUGGGUCAGAAAUUCGAACAGAAACGAAAUAUAUUAGAGACGGUAGCAACGCUGCCAUGAUGCCACUUAAUAAAAACUCCGCCUUCAUCUUCUUCGGCGUCUUUCUCCUCAUCGGCGCGUACAUAACCACGCGCCUAUUCACCGACGAAAUUCCGAUCGACGCGGCAGAGAGAGAAAUCAAGGACGAGAGGAACGCAGGCGCCGGCCCCACCUACAGAGUCGAGGUCCCACUGGACUGCCCUGGUUUCACCCUCACCGGAACAUGCCCCACGAACUACCCGACAACUUCUCCUUCGUCAUCAGCUGACCGUCCCCCGUCCAAAACCUGCCCGGAGUUCUUCCGGUGGAUCCACGAGGACCUCCGUCCCUGGGCCCGCACCGGCAUCACGAGGGAGACGCUCGAGAGGGCCAAAACGACGGCGAAUUUCCGGCUCGUCGUAAUCAAAGGCCGAGCCUAUGUCGAGACUUUCGAGAAAGGGUUCCAGACGAGGGACACUUUUACUCUGUGGGGGUUCCUACAGUUGCUCCGUAGGUACCCCGGCCAAGUCCCCGAUCUGGAGCUCAUCUUCGAUUGCGUCGACUGGCCGGUGAUCAAAUCGGCGGACUUCUCCGGACCCGAAGCUCCUCCACCGCCCCCGUUGUUCCGGUACUGCGGCGACAACCAGACGCUCGACAUCGUCUUCCCCGAUUGGUCCUUCUGGGGAUGGGCGGAAAUUGACAUAAAGCCAUGGCAAAUGUUGCUACCAGAGCUGAAGGAAGGAAAUACGAGGACCAAAUGGGAGAACAGGCAGCCCUACGCUUACUGGAAGGGAAACCCUGACGUAGCGGAGACGAGAUUGGAUCUCAUGAAAUGUAAUGUCUCCGAGAAGCAGGAUUGGAACGCUAGGGUUUACAGGCAGGAUUGGUUCAAGGAGUCGCAACAAGGGUACAAGCAAUCUAGCCUGGCGAGUCAGUGCAUUCACAGGUACAAGAUUUACAUUGAGGGUUCGGCAUGGUCGGUGAGCCAGAAGUACAUUCUGGCGUGUGACUCCGUCACGUUGAUCGUAAACCCACAUUACUACGAUUUUUUCACGAGAGGGUUGAUGCCGGUCCGCCAUUUCUGGCCGGUCAAGGAGAAUGAUAAGUGCAGGUCGAUCAAGUUCGCUGUCGAUUGGGGGAACAGCCACAAGAGGAAGGCGCAGGCGAUUGGGAGGGCGGCGAGCAACUUCAUCCAGAACGACCUAAAAAUGGAGAAUGUGUACGACUACAUGUUCCACCUCCUGAACGAGUACGCCAAGCUGCUCAAGUUCAAGCCGGAGGUGCCGCGGAACGCGACGGAGCUCUGUUCCGAAGCCAUGGCUUGCUCUGCCGACGACCAGGGGUUUCAGAAGCAGUUCAUGAUGGAUUCGCUGGUGAAGGGUCCAGCGGAGAGGGCUCCCUGCGCCAUGCCGCCGCCGUACGACCCUUCAUCGAUGUAUGCGGUUGUGAAGAAGAGGGAGAGCUCGAUGAAGAUUGUGGAUUUGUUGGAGAGGAGGUAUUGGGAGAAGCAGGGUCGUCGUCAGCAGAAGCCUUGAUUUAUAUAGAUUGUGAGAGAUUUCAAGGUUCUGCUUGGCUUGGUUGGUGUUUUCUUUGCUUGUGUUAUGUUUGUAUACACAACAGUUGUUAAAAGGGUAGAGUAUCUGGUGAUCGAAAGACACCAACAAGAUAUGAAGGUCAAUAAAGCGCAAACUAUUUGAAACGAAGCAAAGCACACGAUGAUAGAAAGAUCUGCAAUCUCGUGGUAACUGAGGCAACUGUGUAUUGUUCAUGCAUGCAUGUGUUGCGUUCGAUCUCGUAUGAUUUGUUAUAGUCUAUGAUCAUCGUUUUUCCAUAUGUACCAAUUCACUAAACUUUGAAGAUUC